AAUUAGGGAGAGAGAAAGGGAGGGAGUGAACCCCAGGGGGGAGGGAGGGGAAGCUUCCGGGAUCUGCAGGGUUAAAAGCGAAGGUCUGGCCAGGGGUCUCUCGGGCAGAGGAUUCCGGCGGCCCACACUGCGCGGAGAGGGGCAGAGGCACCUCUCCGAGUCUCCUCCCUCCCUCCUAUCGGCAACUUCCAGUUCAGAUCCUGGCUAUGAGACCCCCACUCCUCCACCUUUCCGCCCCCUCUGGCGCCCGGGCCCUGGUGAAGCUGCUGCUUCCGCUACUGAUGGCGCAACUCUGGGUAGCGGAGGCCCUGCUUCCCGGAAACGACACGGGCUUGGACCGUGCGGCCCUCGGCGGCCCGUGCGCUCGCGGUUCGCAGCCCUGGCAGGUCUCCCUCUUCAACGGCCUCAAGUUCCACUGCGCGGGGGUCCUGGUGGAUCCCAGCUGGGUGCUCACGGCCGCACACUGCUGGAACAACAAGCCUCUGUGGGCUCGAGUUGGGGAUGACCACCUGCUGCUUCUCCAGGGGGAGCAGCUCCGCCGGACUGUUCAGGCCUUUAUCUACCCCAAGUACCUGCGGGGCUCAGGCCCCAUCCUGCCCGGGCGGACAGAUGAGCACGACAUCAUGCUGUUGAAGCUAGGCAGGCCCGCCGUGCUGGGGCAUCACGCCCAGACCCUGCGGCUGCCCUACACCUGCGCCGUCCCGGGAGACAGCUGCCAGGUGGCUGGCUGGGGAACCACGAGCACCCGAAGAGUGAAGUACAACAGGAGUCUGAGCUGCUCCAGGGUCACUCUUCUGAGCCCCGUGGAGUGCGAGGUCUUCUACCCUGGAGUGCUCACCCACAGCAUGAUUUGUGCCGGGCUGGACCAAGGCCAGGACCCUUGCCAGAGUGACUCUGGUGGCCCUCUGGUGUGUGAGGAGACCCUGCAAGGCAUCCUUUCCUGGGGUGUUUACCCCUGUGGCUCUGUCCAGCACCCCGCUGUCUACACCCAGGUCUGCAAAUACACCAGCUGGAUCCAGAGAGUCAUCCGCUCCAACUGACCUGGAGCCCUCCAUGCCUGCACCUCGGUCGCCCUCAGUCCGUGCUCUCCCCUCACCCCCUGCCCUCUCCUCUUCACUGCUCACACCCGAGCCCAAGAGCAGAAAGCAGUGGCAGAAUGUUGUUACAGUAAGGAAGCUGGUUUAGUCAUCCAGCCUCUGAGAUGCAGUCAGGGUCACCCUGCUAGGCUUCUUGGACCACUCCCUGCUGUAGGACCUGGCCCAAGCCCAGUACCCGCGCUGGGCCUUGUUUUCCUCACCUGCAAAAUGGGGACAGUGAAGUGCCAAUGCCUCAGACAUGUUUCGAGGAGAUAAUGAUGUAAUGUGCAUGUGAAAUUUUCUGGUCAUUGUCAUGUAAUUCAGUGACCUGUGAGCGCUGACUAAACAUUACCCAUCCUCCUGAACA